AGUAAUCUGGCAACUCUCGGUGCGAUUCUAUUUCAUCUUUUCUUUUCCAAUUUUUGUAUGUGGUAUUAUAAUAUUUAAUGUGUAAAGCAGUUAAAAACAAUACGCUUUGAUAGUGUUUUAUACUGUGAAUCAUUGGAGACACAUUUUGGACGGACAGCUGAAUACGUAUGUCGCUAAAUGUCGAUGACGACGGCUUCGGAUUGAAUACAUUCGAUUUUGUGGCCAAUGAAACUGCGCCAACUUUCCCACCCGUGAUCAACAAUAUUGUGCCGCAGUUUGAAACUGAACAAGAGGUUCUGAGCCAUCAUCACCAGCAGCAGCAGCUGGAGGAUAACUUCCUGCUGUUUGCCAAUGCAGAACAGAGAUGGCCAUUGCCGACAACCACCACCAACGACAUCUUUGAAGAUCAACAUCAUCAGCAUCAGGCCAUACCCACGGAUACGAACGUCAUAUUUGUGGAAAACUAUUUGCCCCCACCCGCACGUACUCCACCUUCACCAGCAUUGACUAAUUGCCAUGGAUCAAGGGCUGCAGUGCAGCAAGAGCAAGAUGUCUUAAAUGAUCCUCUAUUAAAUUGCAUACGCAAAACAUUUAUAUUGAUUCGUGAGAUUUGUUCUAAUAUUCUUAACGAUCCCCAUCAAUCCGGCAUCGAAUCAGAUAUCAACGGAAUUCUACUGCUUCGCGAAAAAGUGAUCGAGGUCCGCAAACGAAUUGUGGCUAGAGCAUUUUCGCAGACCACUUGUGAGACUUGGACAGUGCUUGUGGAAAUCGAUCGAGAGUUUGAGGGUCUGUCUGCCACUAUCAAUAGAGCAGCAGCACUAGCAGCAGCUGGAACAGCGACGAAUAGUGAGAAUCAAGAAGGCAAUCAGAUGGGAUUGGAUCUGUUCAAUAGACUACGUCACAUCUUUACCAGCUGGCAAAGUGGCGCUAAAGAGUCAUCUGUUCCACCAAACAGCGAACAGCAGUCGAGAGGUGCCGCCAACAACAACAUCGUCGGCAGUGGAAACGGAGCAUUAGCUAAUCAAGGUUCUGCUCGAAAGCGCCGCAAUCAGGACGACGGCGGGAAUUUUAAAUAUCGUCGGGUGGACAACACAUUUCCCAAGUUCAUAACGAAUGAAGCUUCUGAGGAUUACAGCUCGAUGUCAAACCAUACAAUGGCCGAGCAUCAUCGGGAUCGGAUGCAGCGGCGGAGUCAGUCACAGAUACAUGCGCCGCAAUCGCAGGCUACCCAACUACAGUCUCAGAUCUAUCCACACCAUCAGCAGGAUGCCCUCAAUAAUCCAUUAACACCAACUUUUAUGACACGUCGAUCCAUUUUUAAUCCUCCAAACGUUACACAGACGCGUGUCCGGAACUCUAACUUUAAUCCAGCGAAAGUGGUAAUUGAUCUUUCCGAUGAUGAUGAUGAGAUGCCCAAUCAAAACUCCAUGUAUGACAUAUUUGGCGCUGGACGGAGAUCGAUGAGUCGCCGGGAUGCUAAACAUCGUGAUAAUUGUCCAAUGUUAACGCCAUCAUCGUUGGUAAGGCCCCAAAUGCUGUACUCGGAUGCAGUGCGUCUGGGCGAGUCGUCGAAUGGCGGCUUCAAGGGCUUUCCAGAGAUGACUCCAAAUGGCCAUAUACCACAUGCGUCUCAUGCCCACGCCCAGGAGACGACGAUUACAGGUCCAGCAUCUAGCUUGGCCGAUACUCUUCUCAUGCAGGAAGAGCAGCGCUCCGAGCAUGAGCAAUACCUCAAUUUGAUACAAAAUUUAAGUCAUCGAAAGUCCCUAACGCCGGCGGCACCACCGCCACCACCACCACCACAACCGCUCCACAAACCACGGCUUUCAACGCUGCCGCCACCGCCGCCGCUUCAUCGAAUCCCCAAGGCGGUUAAUCAGGAAGCGGCCCACAACAACAGCAGCAGUCUCGAAUGGUGUCGGCUAUUGAACAGAAACAAGCCAGGACGUCUUCAUCUCAAUCCAACAUCAUCGUCUACCGUCAGCAGCAUUGAACGCGAGCAGUAUGCCAAAUUGUUGGACAAGGGCACGACCAUUGGCAUGGGUGUGGUUACAACACCACCACCGCCUCCAUUGAUGCGUUGUAAUAGUGCGACAAGUGCCACCAGUCAUGCCUCAACAAUUAAUAGCAGCUCCGCCGGUACUGCAUGCAGCAGCAGCUCUAGCAACAGCAGCAGCAGCAGUCCUGGCAGUGUCAGUGGUUCCUACACGACGACAAAGCCAAAGAAAUUUACUACAGCUGCUGCAGCUCCCACAUCAACUGCAACUGGUGGUCUGGGCGAUAGUGUCAUUGAGCUAGAUGACGAUUCAAACGAUGAAAGGGAUCUAACUAAAUCCCUGAGUACGCCCAAGGCCAACCGUUCUUCAAUUGUCAAUAAAACUGCAGUAUCGCCAUCAUCGAGCAUGUUGCAACAGACGGAGGCACUGCAGCGACGUUUCCAAAAUUGUAUAUUCUUUAAAGAUGAUUUCGAAGACUCCUUUAAUCAGAAAUGCGCUCGUCAGCGCCAGGAAAGCGAUCAUAGUCGCGAAUUGGCCCAGUUGGCGGCAUCCAAGACGACAGAAGAGCGUCGUGCCUACGAGCAGGGAUUGCGGGAGAAUUUAUCGAAAUAUCGUAUGACCCAUAAGCCAAUCUUUGUGAUUGAUGCGUUCCAAAUAGCUUCUGAAGAGGAAAAGGAGCCCGAGUUUCUGCCCAUUACGGAUGAACUGCACAAACGUUACAAUGAGCUCAUACAUGGACCGCCACAACAGGUGUUGGUGUCAAAAUUCAGCUUGAACAUUACCCGCAACGAUAUACGCACACUAAUUGGAUCCAUGUGGCUAAAUGAUGAGGUUAUCAAUUUCUAUAUGAACCUACUUACCGAUCGCUCUCAACGAAAGGCUGGCAAGCUGCCAAGUGUCUAUGCCAUGAAUACGUUCUUUGUGCCGCGUCUAUUGCAGAACGGACACAAUGGAGUGAAACGUUGGACACGCAAAGUGGAUCUAUUUAGUAUGGAUAUCAUUCCGGUGCCAGUCCAUGUGGGCGGUGUACAUUGGUGCAUGGCCAUCAUACAUAUGAAGAACAAAACUAUACGCUAUUAUGAUUCCAUGGGCAAACCCAAUCAAACAGUGCUCAAUGCACUGGAGUCGUAUCUGCGUGAGGAGUCGAUAGAUAAACGCAAACAACCUUUCGAUACGAGUGAUUUUCUCAUUGAGAAUGUGCCGAAUGUACCACAGCAGACAAAUGGCAGCGAUUGCGGUGUCUUUAGUUGCAUGUUUGCCGAGUAUAUAACCCGAAACAGGCAGCUUACAUUCUCUCAGGAGCAUAUGGAAUACUUCCGUAAAAAGAUGAUACUCGAAAUAUGCGGCGGAGAGUUGUGGAUGUGAUCACAGAGAGAGAGAGAGAGAGAGAUGAGCAGUAGAGUGAGCAUAGAGAGGAAUCCAGUUUAAGAUAUCUUAAGGAGUAACAAACACACACACACACACACUUCAAAAGGAAUAUCCUAAUUUAUUUAUUAGUUGCCUAAUCAAACAAUCAGCAACAUCAAAUUAAGCUAAAUCAUUUAAAAUAGUUCGAUAAUGAAAAAAAAAAUAUUUUUCUUUUUUUGUAAUAUUAUAAUUUUUUUGUAAUUACAUUAAUUUGUUCGUUUUGACCUUUUUACAGGGUUAAAAGGGGAAAUAUACUUGCGAACUUGUGGGCCAAGCUAAAAUUUAA